ACAACACAACACCCAAAUUGUCAAAAGUACUCCCUCAAUAAUAAAAAUACAAUAAAAAUAGUUUUUUUUAGUCCUUCUGGAAUUGAAAACAGUUGGAAGUUUAUAUGCAAACAACUCAAAAAAAGACCAGCACCUAAAUGAAAUCAUCUAUAAACGGUUUGAGGAAAUGUCAUAUUAACAUAUGUAGCUGAUUUCAAUAGUAAAUUAAGAUGCUUCAAAGUAAAUGCCGUCAUUCCAAUGCAUUACCUUAUGAGAUGUGUGUAUUCUGCAAUACUGAUGCACCUGAUUCCUUAGUUGACAUUUGUUUCAACUAUGUUAACAAGCAUUUGGAAACAGUUUGCAAGUGUGAUUCAUCAACUGGUGAUUUACAAUUGAUGGAUGGCUUGGCCCUACCAGUGGAACUAUGUGAACGCCUUCUGAAUGUCAGGUGUAACAGUUUAACACCAGUUAAUUCUAAGUUUAUCAAUAUUUUCAAAAACACAGACUGUACCAGAAUAAAACGUGUUAGACUGAGGAAGUCUGAAAUCCAAGACAAAGACUUAGAGAUUCUGCUUAAGCAUAGAUUAACUGAAUUAGAUAUAUCACAUAGUCCUGGACUAACAGCAAAUUGUAUAAAGUAUAUAACAGGUUAUGGAGGCAAUCUAGUUUCCUUGGGUAUAGGUGAGAAUACUGAAAUUUUCUCACCUGAAGGAUACAGUAAGUUGGAUCAAGAAGAUUAUGAAAAUAGUUUCAUAUUUUUGACACCAAAUCUGAAGAGAUUGUCACUGAGAGGCUUGGCUUCCAUGCAACCAGAAUUUUAUAUGCUCUUACUCAAUCCCCUAACAAAUUUAACACAUCUAGACUUAUCCAAUUGUAGUGAUUUACAUAAUUUUUCUUAUACAAAACAUCUUUCAAACCUUCAUUCUUUGAUUUUGUACAAUGUUAGUGGUAUUGAUUCUAAAUUACAUGCCAUUUGCAAGCUUAUCAACCUGAGGCAUUUAGAUAUAUCACAGUCUAAAGAAGAGAAUGGUAAAUAUAAGAAAGGCACCAAAAUACUACAAACAAUUGUUGAGUGUCUCCCCAUGCUAACAUCAUUGGAUAUAUCUGGAACAAAUUUAGCUGGAAGAGGAGUGGCAGAAACAAUGUAUGGUUGUGUAUCAGAUAUACCUGGUUUGAACUCUAGGGUUAACAACCCAUUUCAGUAUUUGGGGCUUUAUGAAACCUCCCAUGAUGCCUGCUUGAGACAUGACAUCCCAGCAAAAUUGAUUGCAGGUAAUGCCAAUGAAGAGCAAAUAUUGGUAGCCGCCUUAGCUUACUUAGAUAGAACAGAUAUGCUGCAAAAAGUUAUGAAUGAGCUCUUUCACUUGUUUCGAUUUGAGAAUAUUGAACAUGUAGGGCAAGCCCUAAACAUUGUUUUGGAAGCAAUGAACCGGCACAUAGAUGAAAGACAUAUUCAAAUAUCAGGAAGUGCCACCUUAUUUUAUAUAGUGAAAGGCACUGGCAGAGAACUACAUGACGAUGUAAACGUGAAAAGAAAAAUAAUAACCACUCUUUUAAAUGGCAUGAGCGCUCACAAGAAAGACGAUACGAUGAUGAGAAAUGGCUGUUUGACAUUGUGCCAAUUCAAAAUACCCAUGGAUGUGCUGUUUGACUAUGAAAGACUCGUUAACAUCCUUUUGCACUCUGUUGACGGAAUGGCACAAGAAAGUUUUGUUCAGAGAAUAGGCAUAUAUUUGCUCAACUCCUUGGCUUGUCAAGUGGACGGUGAUCAAAAAGUUAAGCUGGGCGAACUAGGCGCGAUUGAAAAAAUGAUAUGGUUGAUACGGGAUAGAUUAGACAGAGGAAUAUGUGAUGAUGUCCUAGAGGUGGCGUGGUCCACCAUGUGGAAUGUCACGGAUGAAACGCCAGAAAAUUGUAGGAAAUUCCUGGAACAUAUGGGUAUGCAACACUUUUUGCUAUGCCUUGAGAAAUUUCCUGACAAAGAAGAACUUCUCCGUAACAUGAUGGGUUUGUUAGGAAACGUAGCUGAAGUGAAAGAACUGAGAGAUUUUCUGCAAACUUCAGAAUACCUAUCGGUUUUUUCCACUUUGUUGGACUCUGAAAGCGACGGCAUAGAAGUGAGUUAUAACGCGGCAGGCGUCAUAUCUCACAUCGCUUCAGACGGAGCGGACUCGUGGACCGUCGUCGCCCCCUCCAGGGGCUUCGUCUUGGGCAAGAUGGUGUCGGCCAUCGACAGAUGGGACCUCGACUCGCAGCGCAACAUCAACUACAGAUCGUUCGAGCCGAUCUUGCACCUGGUGCAGGUCUACCAUACGCCCGAGUGCCAGCAGUGGGCCGUUUGGGCGCUGGCGAAUUUGACCAAGGUCUACCCCGAGAAGUAUUGCGUAUUAGUAGAAACAGAAGGCGGACUUCAUUUGCUUCAAGAAGUUAUAAUGCACCCUUUACCUCCCAUGCGCGUAAAGAAUUUAGCUGCAGUUGUCUUGGAAAACUGCCGGAAAUUCAAGGAGAGUGGAUGGCAAGGCAUCAUUGACGAAUCUUUGGACGGGUAAUUUAUUGUUUUUUUUUAUUAUUUAUAUUUUCAAAUACUCAUCGGAGCAUUGUAAAAUUUGUUUAUUCACUGCUAACCUAAAACACAUACUAUUAUUGACUUAUAUUUAACAUGACAAAUGGUUCUACUCUACCGCUUACUACUACAAUAGAUUUGUUAUUUUCAUGAAUAACUGACAUACCCAACUGUCAAUGGGGUCAAAUCCUAUAACUUUCAGUAGAAGUUAAGGUACCCAACUCAUCGUUGCGCGCUGCUUGUAAUGAGUUUCGAGCUCUGCAUCACAAACCUUAUGAAAUUAGAGCAUUCAAGUGGUUAGUAGUGAAUAAAAUUUGAUAUACGCCUUGGUAGUAAAGAAUAUUAUUACUACUCGAUCUCACUCCUUGGCUGAGGCCUCUAGAUAUAAUCGUUGUCCGUAGAUAAUGAUGAUAUUCAUCACAAGUCCAUAAUAUUUCGCCGAGUAGAUAAAACGCCGAAUUCUUUGUCAAAACGUCGAAACGACUCUUUCUGCAUAUCGCCGAAGUAGUCAUAACACCGUAAUAGCUUACCGGUCAACGCCAUUACGACUUGAGUUGUUUUGGUUUCAAGUAAAAGUUUUUAAGUCGGUGGAUUGAAAUAUAUGUCAAAUUUCACAACUUGUUGAUGUAAAUUUGUUUAAUGACAUGGACUUUUGAUUCCUGACUAAACCAACCAGUAAAUUUCAAAAUCCUUCGAUUCAGGUACUCGAUUUUUCUGGCCAAAAUACAGCUAGCGGCGUUUUUAUAAGACAAUCUGCAUAAGUAAUUUUUUCUGCAACCGACACAAAAGCCGUCCAUUUUUAUUUCCAAAAUUAGCUCUUGAAGUUGACGUUUCUAUUACUGACACAAAAAUAGGUAUGUUGCUAGGCAACACUUAGUUCCUAGGAGCUAAAAUUGAACUUUAGCUCCUGGGAACUAAAAAGGAUGCUCUAGGUCAUCAAGAAUAAACAACAUAGGUUACCUAGUUAAUUUAUAAUAUUUAUAUUGAAACUACAAUUCGAACAUCCUUAAAGAUUAAAUAACUCAUCUGUAAAUCCCUCCACAGUAUUUUUUUUCAAUUAAUCACUUCGAAAAAAAAAAGUUGGUGGAUUACGGGAUAAGAACCCACAACCUUUGGCAUAUCAGGCCGAUACGCUACCCACUGGUCAUUGUGUACUGUAUGUGUGAAUUUAUGUCCACGCAGAUUAUUUGUAACAAUGUGUUUCAAUUUAAAAACGAAAUCCCCAGCGCUCCAUAGAAAUAAUGGUAUCAGUUCGAAAGCGCAGUCAGCCAUCCCGUUCAUGAAUUGUUCAGAUACUCUAGGCUCCGAGGACUGAAAUCCUUCAUUCCCUCCCUUUCGUUCGAAAGUUCGAACGAAGAUUCUCCCAUCAUCGAAUUCAUGUCGAAAAAAGUGGAAAGGAUGAUGAAAGAAGAAGCGGCGUGAGCGAAUGUUCCAUCAAAACGUUCUACGAGAAAAAUUCGGAACAAAUAAUGUUGGUCGUUUUAUCAA